CGCGGGGGGCCGGCCGUUGCGUCGUCCAAUGCGGUGCCUAGUCACGCGCCACGGAGCAAUGUGCAAAGGGAGAGAGGCGGGCGGUAUGGAUCGCCAUGCUCGAACUUCUUCGGCUCGGUCCCCCCUUUCUUCCCUCUUAUUAGAUCUCAUGAGACGUUAUAUCCUCGGUGACUGGUCCUAGAAAGUGCACCUGUUCUUCCGCCGGCGCAUCGCAUUCCUUUUUUUUGCUCCCUCUCGGCUUAACUACUAGUACUUGCCAGUGCAUUCCUAACUUACCUAUCUUGGACUGUUGGUUCCACCGCCACGAUGGGCUCCAUCACCGCCAUGGCGAUGCCCAACACGGCCGAGGAGGUCACGCUGGAGUGGCUGCGGUCCAUCUUCAACGACGCCACCAUCUCAUCCUUCACCAUCACACAGCAGCGCCUCUUCGAUUCGGCCAGCAAGCUCUACAUCACGCUGUCCUAUAACGACGACAACGACAACGACAACGACAGCUUAAACAACAACAAGCCGCGGCACAUCCUCCUCAAGGGCGGCUUCAACCCAGCCAUGUUCGCCGUGCUGGGCUACAAGGACCUGCUCGUGCGCGUCUUCACGCGCGAGGUCGACUUCUUCACCCACUACGUCUCCUCCACCUUAUCCUUAUCACCCUCACCACCGCACAGCAGCAACCGCCUCCACCUGCCCAAGGUCUGGUGGGCCGCCGCGAGCGCCGACCAGGCCAUCCUGGCCAUGGAGGACCUGACACGGUCGGGCCACGCGUUCGGCGACCCGACGCGGACCUACAGCGCGGCCUCCUGCCGGAGGGGCGUCGAGCAGCUUGCGGCGCUGCACGUGAGUACUUGGGGUUGGAAGGCAGAUUCUGGUGACGGUGAUGGUGAUGGUGAUGGUGAUGAGGGGGAAGGGGAGCAGGGGCAUCCGUGGUUGGCGGUGCCCAUGUAUGACACCACCAUGCGCGCGCUGCUGGCCAUGUGGGACGAGCAGGUGCUGGGCGAGGGCCGUCCGCCGCUGCCGGGGGUUAUCAGGGAUGAUCGCGGGAAGACGGCGCGGGCGCUCGAGGCAUAUUUCGCGACGCGCAAUCCGCGGUUUUGUAGUCUGUUGCAUGGAGAUCCGCAUAGUGGGAAUACGUACCACCCGGUCAACGACGAGACGGAUGUUCGGUUUUUGGACUGGCAGAUUGUGCAUGUUGGCUCGGUUUUUCAUGAUGUGGCGUACUUCGUGGUCGGCAUGUUGGCGGUGGAGGACCGGAGGAAGCAUGAGUGGGAGGUUGUCGAGCACUACCUGAAGGCGCUGGCCGAGUGUGGUGGCCCGGCUUUUGGGUGUGACGACCCCGAGGUCCGGAUUGAGUAUCGCAAGGCGCAGAUGACCGGGCUGGGAUGGAUACUGACGCCGUACGCGAUGCAGAAGAAGGAGCGUGUUAUGGCCAUGGUGGAGAGGUACGCGGCUGCUAUUGUGGAUCACAAGACUAUCGAGUUGCUGUUGGGAGAGGAGGAUGGUGCUUGAAGUGGAGGGGAUGUGUACAGGCUCCUAUUAGUGACUGAUAAGACUUUAGUGGGAGCAUGUUGGGAGAGAGAUUGCCAGCUUGAAAUUUGGUUUCCCU